UUCGCCGGUUUGUGGUUAGUGUUUGUCAUUUCAAAAUAAUUAUAAUUUUUCAUCGAAUUAAUGUUUAUUGAUUAUUUAAUAUCGUGAAUUCUAUAGAUUUUUAUAAACAUGACAACAUCCGUGGCGACAAAUCCAUCAACUUUACUACCUUUGGAACUUGUGGAUAAAUGCAUUGGAUCUCGAAUACACAUAAUAAUGAAAAAUGAUAAAGAAAUUGUAGGUACCUUAUUAGGUUUUGAUGAUUUUGUAAACAUGUUACUGGAAGAUGUUAUAGAAUAUGAAUCCACCCCAGAGGGCCGCAGAAUAACAAAAUUAGAUCAAAUAUUACUAAAUGGAAACAACAUAACAAUGCUCGUACCAGGAGGAGACAUGCCAGAUUCUACAGCGACUUAACAACAAUAAUAACAUUAAUUUAAUUUGAUAAGAAAUCUUUUUGUAUAUUUUUUCAACUAAAAAUUUUUUAAUAAAAUGCCUUUACUGUCAUUUUAGGGUAUAAAUAUUUGUCUAAUCAAAUAUAUUUGUGAAUUUUCGUCGAUCAUUUUCGACAUCAAAUAAUGUACAAAUUAUUUUUAC